GUCAGCAGCUCCACUCCACUCCGCUUUGCAACAACGACGCUGCCAGUUACCACUUCAGGCCGACCAUGACCACAAUACCCUCCCGACUCGCGCAGAUGACGCGCAUCUCAAGUAGCCGCGCAGAAGCGCGCCUUCGAGUUAUUGACCUAUACAGGGCAUGGGUCCGUGCUGCUCCUGAGAUUUGUACAAUCUAUGCAUUGAACGUCACUCCAACCUACCUGCGCCAAUCAAUUCGCCAGAAGUUUGAGCAGAACCGCCAUGUAACAGACCAGCGCGCCAUCGAGGUGUUACUGCUCAAGGGCCAGCAGGAAUUGCAGGAGACGUUGAACUGUUGGAAGCAACCGGACCAUAUAUAUGGGAUUAUACUCCAAAAUAACCAACGGCCGCACCGAACAUUCCUGCAGAAGUUCUAUGAGGGUCGUGACGAGGACGCUGUUCUUCCCGCUGCAUCUGGCACUGUAUAG